AUGGUGCUGGAAACACCGCUGCUCCGGGUGAGCAGACCCGUAGCUGCCUGCCAGAGAUGUAGAGCUGCCAAAAUCAAAUGUGACGGCAAAUUGCCUGCAUGCACCGCAUGCGAGAAGUCAAACCGCGCUUCGGAAUGCUCAAGCACUAACGACCAAUUCGCGCGUGGCAAAGAAAGGAGUUAUGUCGCGACCCUGGAAGCCAAGGUCGAGAGGCUGGAGAAGAAGAUAGCAGAAGCGAAGAAGGCGCGGAGGAAGUCGUCUCUGAUGCUGCUCGACACCGAUCUCAACAGUCCUCGUCGUUCUUCGGUGGAAACUGUCAAGGCCGACCGCUCCAGCAGUCGCGCUGCGCAGCGGAAAGAAGCAUCGAGUAUCGACGAGCUGGUGUCGGAUUUUGGCCUUUUGGCUGUGAACGCCACUGCGAGAGAUUUCUACGGCUUCACCACCGAGAUGUCGUAUGCUCGCCUCAUCUUGUCUGCCAGCUCUAAGGAACCGAUGCCAGCUGGUCUGACCAAGAAGCUGCCUCCGCGAUACGCAGCGACACCUUUAAUCCAGCAGUAUGUGAACAACAUAUUCACGCUCUUGCCGAUUUUCGAGGAAGCCACCCUGUAUGCAUGUGUCGAUGCGGUGUAUCACCUAGAAGGUGUAGCAAAGCCUUUCGAUAUCUGGGUCGUCCGAAUGGUGCUUGCCAUCGCGUGCCUGUCACAGUCAGAACAGCGAGGCGACACGCUGUAUUCUGACGCGGUUGGACACGUGAAUGCCGCCCUGGAGCAAGCUGAGAAGGUCCUUCAUCCUGGAUUCAUCAGCAGUAUACAAGCGUUGGUGCUCCUGGUGAUAUACGCCACCAUGGACCCACACCACUUCGACAGCUGGACCCUAAUCGGUGCUGCUUCUAGAGCCAUGGUCGAUCUUGGCAUCCACCAAGAUCCUUCCAAGAGCACAGCAAUAGGCCGCUCCAAAUUAGAGAUCCGCCGGCGCGUUUACUGGUGUGUGUACUCGCUUGAUAGGUCGACUGCGCUAGUACAGACUCGCGCCUUCUCCUUUUCGGAUGACUCCGCACACGUGCACCUCCCAUUUCACACUUCACCUACGUCACCCAAACAUUCGUCUCCGCAGAGCCAUGUCUUCUUGCAAGCCUUUGACUCUGCUCUCGACCUAUUCAAGAUCCGCCAGAUACAGUCCGAAUGGUACAUGGACCUGUUCCAGUCCGGCCGCGAACCAUGGCAGGACCCAUACCCAUACAUUUGGAAAAUGUACAACCGGAUGACUGAAUGGUUCCAGUCGAUGUCCCAGAGCACACUCCCGGCGCUUAGAUGCUUCUUUGAGCUCGAGCUUUUGUACAGUUAUGUGUACAUAUUAUCGCCUAGCUCACGCGUACCACACAUUCAGGAGUAUGCGCAGCGGCUGAUCUUCGAGCACUGCAUCGCGUAUGCGACAAACCUUCUCGCCCAGCUCAAUAAGACCUCCCACACAACCAAGCCACCCGUCACAUUCUACGAUGCCAUGCGAGCUUAUAUGACUGGUCGUCAGUUUGUCGAUGUGCUUUCACGAAAUACGGAUGCCAUCCUACACCCGGUACCACCUGCUCCACCAGUUCCC